AUGAAUCCUUCACGUCCAUACGAUAGGUACGGAUACUACUCGAAUACUACUGACCCACCGCCUCCUAUCGAGAACUUUGAUGACUCUAUCUCUGUGACACAAAGCUCUGGAUACGGCGAAAGACGAGACUUUUCGCCCUCUUCUGUAGAUCGUUAUAGUAGCAACUCACGACAAGACAAUCCAUUUACACCACAUACUCGCGAUGGAGCUGACACCUAUUUGCGUUCCAGGCAGGAAUAUGGUGAAAGGGGAUAUCUUCCGAAUCGUCCCGCAGAAAUCUACAAAAGCAACACCCAAUCUGACAAUCCCUUUCUUUCACAGCGGUCUACCGUCGGAGGCGGUGCUAACACCCACUACUCCCAGGGAUAUGUGGGAGGAAGAGACUUUCCAAACCGUCCCGUAGAAGGCUACAACAGUAAUUUGCGAUCUGACAAUCCGUUUCUUGCACGGCAGCCGAGUACCGGAGGUAGUGCUCAGUUCCAAACAUCACAAGGAUACGGUGAAUAUAGUGAACCAUCCUACUCACCUGUCCAAGAUUAUAGGCAGAGAUCUGGCUAUGACCAGAUGGAGAGUUCCCAAAGCCGUCCCCGAUACCGUACGAUUUAUCCUCGGUCAGACAUAAAGCCAGACAUAAACGAAGCUUAUACAUUACAACGACCUGAUAGCACUUUUCCAUUUGGAAAUCCUAGUUUUCCGCUUCGCAACGUCCCGACUCUUGGCUAUGAGUUUGGAAAUCGUACUAACGGGAGUUCUGACAACCCAUUUGCGCCUCCAGCCUUAACAACCCAGUCUCUUUACGCGCAAGCUCCUUACUACCAGAGCACUUCAGCAGGACCUUCUUAUAAUCAGGGCCUUGCCUCUCAACGUCUAACCCCCGAAAACAAUAGCUACAAUCAAAUCAGCAUCCUUCACGAGGACCAUACUCAGUUCCACUAUUUUGUGUGA